AUGGAAGAGUAUGGUAAGUUCGUGAAUCCACUGGAGAAGGAUGUGGAAAUGAAACAAAAUCAGAGAACAACGGAACUGCCACAAGGAGAGGAAGACAAGGAGAAGGAAGAAUUUCCCAAGGAGUUAGACUCUAUGGAUGAGAGCAAAGAAAGAGGUGAAAGCAGUCAGAGAGAACAGGAAAGAGAGAAAGCCGAAGAGAAAUUGCCAAGCAUUGGAGAAUCAAUGGAAGAGAAGAUGAAUGUAGGAGGAAUUGAGUUGGCUCCUGAGAGUACGCUGAAAGAGAUGAGGAAGCUGUUGCUACAAGCAAGCUGGCUCAAGUCUCGGCUCGGAACGUCUAGUGACCGCGCCGGGACACCAGAUGACUGGCGCCCGUUCGACCUUGUCAUAAUGGCGCGUCUCGGCGUUUCGAACCGCUCUGCUGCGAUGCUGGUGUCGCCGCCGCAUGCAGACGGGCGCCCGCAACUGGCCUCGCCGGAUCGGGGCGGGGCUGCCAUUGCUGGCGCGGCGGCACAAACAUCGACGCUACCCGGAACUUGCCCGGCCCGGCCCGGAACGCCUCAGCUGCUGCCCGCACGGAGUGGAAUCGCAGGCGGGAUAGCUGGGCUGCGCUUUGCGGCGUCUACGGUCCUGGGAGGCGUUUGGCACGCACCGGCGCAGCCUACGGGUGACGAGCGCAUCCCACUCGGCUGGGUCGUUGCGCUCACCGAGGCUGUGAUCGUGCGACUCCACCGGCAGGCACACGUGUUCGAGCAAAAGGUGCGGCGGACCCGUGGUCCGCGCCUGAUAGUGACCCUUGGGGUCGAGCGCCGUCGGGCGCAGAUGCAGAGCCUGUACGCGAAGAUACUGCGCAACCUACUCCUGCUGAAAAUGAACAAUCCUGGGAAGCUCAAGGAAGAAGGGACUCAGCCGCUGGGGCGUCUGAGCCUUGGACGAGGGAAGAUUGGCAACCUCAGCAGUCAACUUGGAAACAGCAAGAUGCUAGCAGCGACGGCAGCGGAGGCACCCAUGAUGGGAGCGGCUCCGGACCUAGCCACCACACCUCAGAUGCUUCGUGGUGGUCGCGCUCUACGUGGAAUGGUGACUGGGGCUGGGACCAGUCCUGGGAUCAUGCGACGCCAGGACAAGGAAGUUGGAGGUGGCAGUGGAACUGGGCCCCGGGAACCCGUCAUCUACAUGGACCACGACCGCUACGACGGCACGGUCAUGGGAUGGUGGCUACACCUCUACAACCGGGAAUAUCACAGGCCCCGGGAGCUCAUCACUUACAUGGACCACGUCCGCCCUCCAACUACCUGGACGUCGGGCCCCCCGGCGGAACGAUCCUGGACUACAUCAUCCAAUGGUGGGGGUGGUGGCAUGGGCGGCACUAAGGGCCCCUCUGAGCGACUCAUCGUGCCAUCGUUCAGUGGCGGCACAGAGAAUGGGGGUGACCUUGGAAGCUCCGCACGAAGCUACCUCCGCCAGGUUUCGGUGUGGGAGAAGAUGACCAAGCUGGCGCCUGACCAACGUGCUCUGGUCCUCUAUCAGCAUUUGGCUGGUUCCGCAUGGGUGAACUCAGAGUCUUUGAGUGUGGACGAGCUGGCAAGCCCCGAUGGCGUCAACAGGCUUCGCGAGUGGGUGCGAAAACACUACCUGGACGUGGAAGUGACGCAGGUCGGCAGGUCACUGAGCGACUUGUUCAGGAAAUUGCGUCGUCGCCCGACGCAAAGCUUCAGGGACUACGCCGCGGAGUUCAACCGUUUACUGGCCAGGGUGGUGGAGUGCGGAUGUGCUCUACCUGAUGUGGCAAACGCUUGGUUGUUUGUGGACAGGGCAAACCUCGACGAGGCGACCGAGGUGAGUCUACUGGCCAGUGUGGGGAACAAGUACGCACUCAGAGCUCUCCAAUCUGCUGCUAUCGUGCUGGACAGGUCCAUGCGCAAGCCGUGGGAAAAGGCUGGGGUCCGACCGCGCACACAGAAUGUGAACCACGCCGAGGGGAUCGACGAGACCAAUGCGAGCGACUCGGAGAUUGAGGCCCCGACCUACGACGACCCCGACGCCGAUGCCGGGGACCUGUACGUGAGCUACAUGACGGCGAAGGCCAGGUACAAGGAGGCUACGAAGGCGAGGGGCGUUGAGACCAAGUUCGGCGACAAGGAGAAGGAAGGAGAGACGAACCACGUUCGCCGCGCCGCCGAGAAUAAGAUCGCCCUGGCAAAGGCCAAGUCGCACUGCUCAGCUUGCGGCCAGAAGGGACACUGGCAUCGUGACGAAGUGUGUCCGAAGUUCGGCAAAGGACAAUCGGCAGCGAGGACGCAGACGAUCCACGUCACCAACGAGGUGUAUGAGUUGCUCUUCGGCGGCGCUGGCGAGCUCAUGGCGAUCCUCGACACCGCGUGCUCCAAGACUGUCGUCGGCACCAACUGGUUCCAGAAGUACCUCAAUCACACCAAGGGCGGUGGCUAUGACGCUGAACUAGUCCACGAGCGCGAAAGCUUCAAGUUCGGUGCCGCGAGCAAGAUCUAUGAAUCUACGUAUGCCGCUGUGAUCUACAUCCCCAUUGCCUCUCAGGUGGUCGCCGUGAAGGCCUCGGUCAUUCAUGGAGACGUACCGCUGUUGAUGUCGAAGCCUGCCUUGACUCGUUUGGGCUUGAUUCUUGACUUGAGCCGCAAUGUGGCGACGUUUCGGAUCGAGAUCGUCAGCCAUCGCGAGGUUUACACGAUUGGUUGCACUGGGGAUGGUAUGGAUAGGAUCGUGAGCAAGGUGACUAUCCGACUCUAUGGGUUGGCCGCAGUGUCUUCAACCGAGCCCAAGCAUCCCCUAUUCCGAGACCUCCCGGCCAUGGUUGCAGUAUGGCAGAUGACCAAAGGACAGUUGAUCGCGGAGUGCAAUCGCCGCGAGCUGGCCAUCAGUCCCGAAUGGACGUGCCCCGAGCUCCGGACCAUCCUCAUGGCCGACAUGGACUACGAGAAGCAGAACACGACCGGGGCCGUGCCGAAGAAGCUCUCCGGGAUGAACUUGGCCGAGCUGCGCGAGGAAGCAACCAAGAUGAACCUAUCGGUUCACGACAAGGAGUCCAAAGGGACUCUGAUGCUCCGCAUCCGGGACGCGGCCGCUCCAUCGACUACAGUGAUGACGGUGGGAAGGUUCCGCGGGACACUCUUCAGCGAGGUCCCGGAGUCCUACGGAGCGUGGGCCUCAGAGGAAGAACGCCAGAACGGGGACAACAUGCACACCGAUCUGAAGCGCUUCGUGAACUGGAGGAGGCACAUGAGAGCCCAGCCGAAGGCGAGUAUGACACCACCGAGAUCGGCGGCGAGCUACCUGGGCGUGGAGACCUACGCGAGCGUGCAGCCGCCACCGAUGAGCGAGACGGGGAGUUCCUCCUGGGCUGCAGUGGAGAGCGUGUGGAGCGGCUACAGCGAGCUGCACGGUUGGAGACCUGUCCUCCCUCAAAACUUGGUGCCCGAGAUGGCCGCCGCGAAGGCAAAGAGACAGGCAUCCCGAGCACGGCCUCCUCCCGGAGAAGAACCUGCACGCAUGGAACAGGAGAUCGCCGAGGAGACGCUGAUGGAGAUCCAUGCCCUGGAGACACGACUGGAGAUUGAUGAGAAGCGCCCAUCGGGCGCGCACGUCACGCACUACGAGCAAGACGAAGGCUUUCAAUCAUGUUCCUCUGGAUCGGAGGACCUGGUUAAGGAUGCUUACUACGUCUCCCGACGACAAGGCAUCCAUGGACUACCUGAAGAUGGCGGGCGGGCUACGUUCGGAUACUACGCCUACGGCACCUUCAAGGGGAUCACGAAGCGGACGCUGCAAUGGCCCCACCUCACUGCCUACCUCAACAGGGUCAUCACUGAGUACGUUGGCGGCGAUGGUCCGGAACAACGAGAGCCUACGUGGUCCUCGAUCGCCCUCCUUCACAACUGUCCCGCGGCGAUGCACACCGACAAGAACAACGUGAAGGGGAGCCACAAUUUCGUUGUAAGUUUCGGCCAAGGCGAGGGUGGCGAUAUGUGGGUGCAAGAGUCCGGAGGCGGAGCGUGGCGGCGAGAUGCAAAGGGUCACGAAGUUGAAGGACGAAUCGUGUCGACCCACGAACAAGGUUGGGAGUUUGAUCCUCGGCUACGCCACUGCACCGAGACCUUCCAUGGAGAGAGGUGGUUCAUUGCAGGGUUCACGGCCCGGACCUACCCCGACUCCAACAAAGAGGAGAAGAAGCUGCUUCGCGAACUAGGGUUCCCUCUCCCCAGCAAGUCCCAGCUCAGGUGCGACCGCCGACAAGAGGAGGUUGUUGCCAAAGCUGACGAACCGAGCGCCGAGUGUCCCCCGAGCUCUUCUACAAGGCCGCGCAAAAGCUGCAGACGCAACAUCCGCAAGACCGCCCUCUUGUUGAGUGUUCUACUCACCACGGUUCUGUCCACCAUGGCCGAGGCGGCACAACUCGCUCUACUACCACGACCCGCGCCAAGCACACCUUUGCUAGAGGUCGGUGGGAUUUCGGCCACAUGCAGACUUGCUGAGUAUGGAAUCUGCGGGGACCAUUUGGUGGAACCCAUCGUGGUGGAGGACGUCCUGCACAACGACCGCCCCGCCGACUGUGACAUCGGCUACCUUGAGGCGGCCGUCAUGAAACACGAGCCUGGGCAACUUUGGGUUCAUGUGAAGGAGGAGUUCGGGGACGGUGCUGUCUACAACGACCUUGUCGAGGCCGUUAGCUACCAAUUGGGUGCUGGUCGAAGUGUGGUCUUCGAGAAAGAGAUCGAUGAGCCGAGGCUCUGGCACGACAUGGUCACUGCGGAAAGCGCUGGCUAUUCGGUCCGGCACGACCACACCGCCAACGGCAACGAGAGCAUCCACGUGAUCUACGACGAGCAGGAGUCCUACGUGAACACCGUCUACGCCGGCGAGGCCGAGGACGGGAGGGUCGCCCCACAUCGAGUCGGAGAUGAAGGAGAGGAGGACCAGCCAAUGGCCAGGGGUGCUCAGGCUAUCCGCUUUCCGCCGAGCGUUCCAUCUACUGUGGCGGCCAGCCUAAGACGCCUCCACCAGAACUUGGGCCAUCCAAGCGUGGCCGACUUUGUUCGUCAUUUGCGACUCGCAGGGGCCUCGCGGGAAGUUCUAAAGGCAGCCCGCAACCUCGAAUGUCAAGUUUGCCAGAGGACCCGGCGUCCUGCCAUUGCCAAGCCGGCCAAGGUAGCGUCAUGUUUCCGGUUCAACGAGAUGAUCGGGACGGAUCUAUUCUACAUCCACGACAGCGAGGGCCAACGACAUCAAUUACUUUCCAUCGUUGACUUCUCUUCGGCCUAUCAUGUCGUCGUCCCCGUUGCCCGGAAGGACACCCCCACCUUGGAACGGGCCUUCUGCGAGAACUGGAUCAAUAUCUUCGGGGCCCCGUCUGUGGUGGCUGUGGACAUGGAGAAUGGCCUCGAAAAGUCUCUGGGAAGGAUCAGCGACUGGACGGGAACCCGCGUGCGCACGGCAGCCGGUCAGGCUCACCACCAGGCCGGCUAUACCGAGCGCCAAGGGGCUAUCUGGAAGGAGAUCUUUCAGCGGGUGUGCGAGGAACAGUCUGUCGUCAAGAGUGACAUCCACCUGGCCAUCUGUGCGGUGUCGUCUGCAAAGAACCAGCUCACCAAGACGAGCGGGUUCAGUCCGUGCCAGCAUGUCUUUGGGACAUCUCCUGUCGUGCCAGAAGAUCUACUUGAUGGACCACAUGCACUACAACCCGGAGAUGAGCCCAUCAUCGACGACCGGCAUGCCCGAGAAGUUGCUUUACGCACGGCAGCCCGAGCUGCCUACUUCCAUGUUCAGACAGAUGAGCGAGUCCGCCGCGCUUUGGCGGGACGAGCUCGGGUCGAAGCUAGAACACCCGAGACCGGGGAGCGGGUCUUCUACUACAGGAAGACCAAGAACAACAAGAAGGGCACCUGGGUUGGACCAGGUACCAUAAUAGGCCAAGAAGGGGCUAACCUAUGGGUAACUCGCGGAGGACGAUGUGUGCUCUGUGCUCCAGAACAUGUUCGGCUGGCGACUGCAGAAGAACUCGGUCAAGCUUUCAGUCUGCAUGUUGCCCAGCAGGAUUUGGACAAGCUCCUGAACGCCGACUCUGAGCAGGACGACAUGUUCAUCGACGGCGAAGAGGAAAACGCCGACGACGAGCCGCGCGAUGAAGCGGAUGAGGGCUACGGCAUCGGCGAGAUCGCCAUGGACAUCGAGGAGGACUCUGGCGAUCGACGAGGAGUACGGCGCGAGUUGGCACGUGUCCCCCCGAUGGUCCUGAAGCGGCAGCGCAGAAAAGGAAGAGGAGAUGAAGCACCCGCUGGUCCUGGUCCCCACGAGGCCCACAUGCUCAAGAAGGCAAGAACGCCCCGCUCCAAGGAAAAGCAGCUAGAGAAGGAGAUCCCCUGGGCCAUGAUCCCCGAAGAGAUGAGGCCGGCAUUCCGAAGUGCAGAAGCAGUUCAAUGGAAGGAGCAUGUCGACACUGGCGCCUUGGAAGUGCUUGACCUCGCGACCAGCGACCGCAUUCGUCAGACGGUGGCCGCCGAGAGGUGGAGUGCAGCUGCCGGGGACGUGCAGCUGGCGCGGAUACGCAAGGGAGUCUUCGGGCUCUCCGAGAGUCCACGGAUGUGGUACGAUAGGCUAUCGAGCGUGCUCCUGGGCGAGGUCUUUGAGGUGGAGGGCAAGAGCGGCAGACUGAUCCCAAGUCCACUCGAUCCCUGCGUGCUCAUGCUACUUGAAGGUGGACUUCCUGGCGAGCCGCUCGCCUACAUCUGCAUCCACGUCGAUGACCUGCUUUUGGUGGCGCCUAGGGAAGUGAACAGGAAGAUGCAGAAGCGCAUCAGCGAGCUCUUCCCGGUCGACAGUUGGCUCGAGGACAGCUUUGAGUACACGGGCUCUUUCAUCGAGGUCGGUAGCGAGGGCAUCACCAUCAAUCAGGCCAGCUUUGUCGACGGCCGCCUGUUCACAGUCGACAUUCCCCGGGGACAAAACGGGGCUGAGCCGGCCAGCACCGAACAGGCCAUAGACAAUCGCUCCCUGAUCGGAGCCCUAAGCUGGUUGAGCAGCCAGAGUCGCCCCGACUUGCUAUGCGGAGUGACGUUAUCACAGCAGCUCCAGCGAGCUCCCCUUACCGAGGACGUCCGGUUUGUCAACCAGCUCAAGGCCCGCGCAGAAGAACACCGAGGCGAGGGAAUCUACUUGCACGGCAUUUUCCUGGACUCCGCCAUGUUUCUUGUGUACCACGACGCCGCCUGGGCGAACGCUGAGCUGGAGGACGUGGAG